AUGUCUUCCAAAGGAGCAUCUGCCGCAAAGAGUUCUGGCAAUGUCUUUGCCUUGGAUGGCUUAUCUAAUUACCAGAAUCAGGCUGAUUCUUUCGACUACCAAGAGUAUCUUCCAGAAAUGGAAACAGCUUACUCUUGUCCUCUUUCAACCGUAAUGGAGCAGCCUGAUUAUUUUCGUCAAAAGCAUAAUCAUCCUUUACCCACGAAUUCCUUAACCACUUCUUUCCCUACUAGACUCACUGAUCAUAUCGACUAUGCGCCUUACAUGAACGUUCCAAUUGCUUCCUCUCUCGAUUCCUCUUCUUCUUCUUACUUGAAUGUUCAUACAGGUGGAAUUUCGGAUUCCCACUCUUAUACUUCUUCCUAUGGUCCUUCCCUCUCUCCUCCUUCUUCGCCCUUUGAUAUAGGGAUUCACACGUCGUUGGAUCCCCCCUCUACGAUCCUUGAAGAGAACGGCAACGACCUAGAAUACCAAGAAAAUUUGGCAUCCGUUUGGAAAAAUGGUUUGGCACACGAGGGUACUAACCCUUCUUUCCCCGAAGUUCCCAUUAAAGAAGAGAACGAACAUUUAGCUUAUUAUGACAAUGAAGAUUAUUGUCCGCCAAAUCAGCUUUACCAUGAGCCGGAUUUUUAUGCUUCUACUGCGUUUCCUAAUCCAGAGACAAUUGAACCUAUUCAAGAGGCCUUGUCGAGUGAUUUCGUCACAUUGCCCUCUUCUCCUCCUCGUUUUGAAGAACCCUGUGAUUCUGUCCGCCCUAGUAAUUUGACGUUGCAAAUCGCAGGUUAUGAACCAUCCCUCACGGACAUUUCCACACCAAAUACCCCCGCUAAUAUCUCUCCUGCCUCUCCGUUUGCAACAUUAACCAAGGUAGAGCCGGCCUCACCUAUGAAACCUUCUUUUGCAUUUGAAACCCUACCUCAAUUAAGGCCAAAUAACAGAGCCCUUAACUCUCAGGUAUCCCUCGCUGGCGAGGUCUUGCAUUCUGAAAAUCAAACUUUGUCUCCUACGAGUACUCUGCAUUUGGAUAAUCGACAAAGUGGGUUUACAGACAUCUUUCAUGAUAAACAUUCUUCAAUCCCCUUUUCCAAGGCUAAUAAACCCUUGGAGAAUCAUGAACGUCGAGGACCAUGGAAACAUGAGCCCAAUUGUUUUGUCCCUUCCGAGAAUAACCACGAUAACCCUUUCCACGCACUCCAACAACAGUUUUCAAAUGCUUCUGAAGCAUCACAUUCCGUGAAGCAGGAGCCUUUGGAUUCUCAAGGUAUGCAUCACGCAUCACCAUUGUUGACACCCAAACCUCGCACGAAAAUUACUGAAAACAAUGGCUGCAAAACCUCUCGAAAGCAAGGUUCAAGGAUCUGCCGUAUUCCUCCAGAAACCAUGGCCAGCUUGUAUCGUGGGCCAGAAGAAGAUGGCAAGUUUGUCUGUCUAUUCAAUGGUUGCUGCAAACGAAUUCGCCGAAAGUAUAAUAUCGAAUCUCAUAUUCAAACCCAUCUUAGUGAUCGUCCUUAUCGUUGUGAAACCUGCAAAGCGGGCUUUGUUAGGCAUCACGAUUUGAAACGACACCUGCGUAUCCAUGAGAAUGGACGACCAUACAUUUGUGAAUGCAGCAAGCGAUUCAAUCGUCUGGACGCUCUGAAUCGCCAUAGACAAAGAAAUAUUUGCAUUGGAGGAUUAGACCGCAGAUGA